AGAAUCGGAACAGUUUCCGGAUUCGCACAAAGUGAAACUGAAAGGUCAAAGACGUAGAUGAUAGGAACAUCAACAUGUCCCAUCCACGAUUUGGACUGCUGUGUAGGAAAAUUAUCACAAAUCAUAUGAAGACAUGUGUCCGGUGGGAUCAGACAAGUGCUGCAAAUGCUGCCAAAGUGACCCUGAAUCAGCUGAGUGACCAUGUGGGAAACCACAUUAUGAUUAAGAGCAUCAGUCAGUCUGGCUUUGUUUUACAAAAUGACAACAUCAGAAUUAUUGGACCCACUGUCUUCUUUCCCAGGGAGGUUUUGCACUGGAAUAUUAAAAGUGUGGAAGACAUUCAUGAAGCAUCUUUGUCUAUGUUUACACUACUUGAGCCAAAAGUUGAUAUCCUGUUGAUUGGAGUUGGAAGCCACAUGGAAAGAAUCAGUUCUGUAGCUUUGAAAUACUUAAGAGUCAACCAGAUCAAUUUUGAAGUGUUACCCACGGAGAAAGCCUGUGCACUGUUCAAUUUCUUAAAUGAAGAAAAGCGGCAAGUCGUUGCAGCCAUGAUACCACCACCUGUUAUCAAUCAAAAUUUGGUUUUGCCUAAGGAUGAUGAUCUCAUCACUUUUAAUCCCAGUGCUAUAGAACUGGAUUCUGGUGUAUUACCAACAGAAAUGCCAAGUUUCUCAGACAUCAUGUUACCGGGUCAUAGACUCAAGGAAACCGCAACAAAUGUGAGAGAGCUUCUGGACAGGAAGCGGAGUAAAGCAGGUGUAGUGGUUGAUAAGGAUUUAGAGACUCUGAAAGACAAUGACAAGCCUCAGGAGAUGCAGGCUACUUUCAACCGAAUUAUGGAUGAAGUGGAUGAGGAAAUGGCUGUAGAACGUGGCAAGUCAGUCAAGGAGAUCACAGAAAAAGAGGCCGAGAGAGACGAUAAACAGCAGACUAAGCCAAGUAGUGCCAGGGAGAAAGCGAGAUCAGCUGAGGCUAGAAUUAAUGCAAUUAAAAUUUCGAAAGAUAUGGAAAGCAUCAUGAGUGAUAAACUGAAGACAGAUAAAGAUUCAGAUGAUCCAAAAUCUUGAAAUAUGGAGAUGUAUAGCAAAAGUUGUGAGUGCAGUUUUAAGUGUGCAAGUACAUGUGGUCUUUAACAGUCUACCAAGAACAUGUGCAUUCUUAACAAUUAUAAUACAAAAUAAAAGAACAAAACUGUUGUGCAUGUUCAAAUGGUAUUUAUGGCUUUUAGAAAUCUUAGCAGCUUUUGUUGAGGUAUGUUGCAACAUGUUUGUAACAUGGCUAUCAGUUGUUAUUAUGAUUUCAAAACAAUUAAAUGAACAUAUUCGUUC